GCAAAUACUCCUCGGAGUACAAUCAUCAACAGCAACAGCAACAUCAUCAUCACCAUCAGGGCAGCAGCGACACUGCCAUACAAACCACCAAGACAAUGUCGUGGACAAAUUCCGCACAGCACAAGAAGUCCACGCAGUCGGUGGCGGUCACUGCCUCGCCAAAUACUGUAAACAAUGGCGCCACUGUUGCUGCUGCUGCUGUUAGCGGUGCUGCAACUGCACCACCAAGUGUUGGCGGCGGCUUUAAUAAGCAGUCAACCGGUGUUAGUGCUGGCAUCUACAGUCAUCCUACUAAGACCUUCACAAAUCAGCAGCACUAUCAGCAACAGCAGCAGCACUACCAAACCAGCCACAACAACAACAACAACAACAGCAAUAGUGGCAGCAGCAAUAUUAACAGUAACAACAACAACAACAGUAACAACAACAGCAACAAUCAGCCACAAAUGCGCACAUAUGGCACUAUGAAAGUGCCCUCAUCGCCUGUGGCAAGCACAGCCCCGCCGCUGGAGCGCAAAAUCAGUGGCCAGCAUCAGCAGCAGCUGAACAGCAACAAUUCGGCAGCAGCAACAACAGCAACUACCUCAACGGCUAGCAUAACAGCAACGCCUCAUCAGUUUCAACAACAGAUGUCCACUGAAAAUCAGUCAAAUAGCACAAACAAUGCAUCUGUGCUGUCUCAGCAACAACAACAACAACAACAGCAGCAGCAACAGCAACAGCAACAGCAACAUGGUCAUAACCAAUACGCUCCAGCUGCCAAAUCCUAUGUGAGCUAUGGAGCCAAGAACAAGUACGGCACACAAAACUUCAGUGCAGAUACGUCCUUCAGCGCAGCUGCAGCUCCUGUGUCUGUGCAGCCGGCGCUAAACUUGGCGCCACCAGCGCCGCCUGUCUCGCAGAACAACGCCAGCGCAGACAGCGGGCAACCAUCGUGGGCCAGUCUGUUUUCCAACAAGAAGCCCGUGGCCAAAGUGGCGCCUUAUGACGGCAACAAGCAGCAGCAACAACAACAACAGCAGCCGCAGCUGCAAAUGGCUCCACCACAGCAACAACCACAACAAUUGCCUGUCCAGCAACAGCAACAUCAGCAACAGUCACAGCAGCAACUGCCAUUAACACCGCCAACACAGAGCCUGCCCAGCGUGCACCAUCAAUUGCAAUCGCCAACGCCAGUGCCAGCGCCAACUGUGCCGCUUAUCACACCCGGCACACUGUCGUAUUCAGCGGCCUCGGCACAGGCAGUGCCCGCCGUGGCUGCUCCCGCCUCUGCAGCAGUCAAGCCUCUGAAAGCAGAGCCGAUGCGUGCCGCUCAACUAGAUGAGUGGACAAACAAAUAUGCUGAAUUUCUGACACGUCAUAAGACUAACCUGGCGCCCGUCAGUCUGCGGCCGCGUGGUCUGACUAAUCGUUCCAAUUAUUGCUAUAUCAACUCAAUACUUCAGGCGCUGCUUGGCUGUUCGCCUUUCUACAAUCUGCUGCGUUCCAUACCCAAGCAGGCAGCGGUGCUGAGCGAGGUCAAGACACCCACCGUGAAUGCCAUGAUGUCGUUUAUGAGUAACUUUUCAUCAUUGCCCGGCGGUACCCGUUUGCGUUUGAAUAACAACAAAGCCGCCCAGAUCAAGGGUAAGGAUGAGUUUGCUGGCGUUGAUUUGCAGUGCGAUCUUGCCUUUGAGCCCACUGAGAUAUACAAACUGUGGAAUGACAGUCGUGAGGAGCACGUGGAGGGCAGGCAAGAGGAUGCCGAAGAGUUCUUGGGCUAUGUGCUCAACAAGCUCAACGAUGAGAUGCUCGAGGUUAUCAAGUUGAUUGCAAAGCCAAAUGCCCAACAAAAUGGCGAGGAACAGGAACAAGAUACCGAGGAUGGCGGAGACGUUUGGCAGAUGAUUUGCAAUAAUCGCAACAAGGGCAGCGUAACUCGCCAGACAGACUUUGGACGUACCCCGCUCAGUGAUAUCUUUCGUGGUGAACUGCGUUCCCGGCUGCAGCGCGAAGGCGAACACUCCACGGAUGUUAUACAGCCGUUCUUUACACUGCAACUGAACAUUGAGAAAGCCGCUUCGGUGAAGGAGGCUCUUGAGAUACUCGUUGGCCGUGAUCAGCUGGAGGGCGUCACUGGCAGCAAGACCAAACAGGAGGUGGUCGCCUGGCAGCAAAUGACAUUGGAAAAGUUGCCCAUCGUUUUGAUAUUGCAUUUAAAAUACUUUGACUAUAGGUCCGAUGGCUGCACAAAGAUAUUGAAAAAGGUUGAGUUCCCAGUGGAGCUCAAAAUCGAUGCCAAGAUACUUGGAUCGAAGAAAACAUCGCAAAAGCAACGCGCCUAUCGCUUGUUCGCUGUGGUCUAUCAUGACGGCAAGGAAGCCUCCAAGGGUCAUUAUAUAACGGAUGUGUUUCAUACCGGCUACAAUAGUUGGCUACGCUACGAUGACAGCUCGGUAAAGCCGAUCGGUGAGAAGCAAGUGCUGCAGCCGCACACGCCGCGUGUGCCUUAUCUACUCUACUAUCGCCGUUUCGAUACCCUGCCACAGAUGCAGACGAGCAAUGGCGCCGGCGCUGGAAGCACAGUAGGCGCCACCAAUGCCCAUGCCUCGGCCAGUGCCGCAUCUACCACAUCAGCUGCAAACUCAGCGAAUAAUAAAUGAAACUAAGUUGUCAAAAUAAUGGCAUACCCAGUCUAAGGGCAUGCCAGAGUUUGAUUUUUUAUGCAUAUACAAUUUGAACGGUUAUAUUAUAUAUUUAAAUGCCUAUGUUUAAGCCCAAAGUCCAAAGCGCAUGUACGUGUGAAUGGUAGUUGUAUUUGUGUGGUGAAUGCGUGUGUGUCUAAGUGUGUCUAAGUUUAAUAAAAGCAAAAAAACUCCUAGUUGGUAAGCCUUAGCCGUAGCCCUAAGUUGAUAACAGUUUAGUUGUGCAAGAAAGCAAACAAACCAACAAUUCGUUGAAACGAAAUCUUUGUACAAAAUUAGCGCAUGGUAUGGCUAAACUAAACAGCGAGCAAAUUAUCAUAUACAUAUACUAAAUAAGUAAGUUUCAUAAAUUUGAGCCAGCCAAUAUUUGUAAAUCCCGUUUGGCGCCUCAACCUAUUCAAAAUGGCACAAACAAGCAGAAACGUGCAUAUAUUAGAUAGCUGUAGACCUCUUCGAUAUGACAAACAUUUAGAGCUCUAUAUGUACAUAAGUAGCAUACAUAUAUGAUACAUAUAUAACUAAAAUUGUAGAGUUUAAUUUUCUUUGUAAUUGUUUAUAGCAUGCAUUUAGGCGCCAGAGCAAACAAUCAGCCAAUGCAUCCAGUUAAAACCACAAUAUAUAUUGAAAUGCUUUGAAUAUGCUUUAAAAGAAAAACAAAUCUAUCUUUUGUAUACAAUACAAGACAUGCAAACACAUGAAUACAUAGCAUUAUUUUGUGUGUAAGUCGAAAUAAGUGAACACUGAAACGAGAAAAAAAGAAAUUAGCGCGAUUAUUUUAUAAUUUAUAUAGUUUGUUGCUUAGUUAGAUAUCCCAAAUCCAUUUUAAAUUCAUAUAUAUAUAUAUAUAAAUAUACUUUUAUGAAAACUGUUUGCACCCAUUAUGAUAUUUUAGUAUCUGUUGCGACAAAUCGUGAAAUUGGCUUACAUAUAGUUAAAAAUAUAAUUUGUAUUUGUAAGCAAUGCUAACAGUUAUGUCAACCACAUUGUCAACUUUCAUGUGCUUCGUUAAUAAUUACAACUAAUCAAGAAUUCUA